AUGAUACUUUGCCUUUUACUCCAAAUAAGAUCUCCAAGUGGAUAUAAGUUUCUACGAGACCAAAAUAUUCUCCCUCUUCCGUGUACAAAAACCGUUAGAAAAUAUUUACUUGCUAUUAAAAUAGGAUGUGGAUUCGAUGCCAAUUUUUUUAAACUUUUAGAAAAAAAAUUUUCAAUUAAAAAUCAAUUUCAAAGGAAAGGUAUACUUUUGUUAGAUGAAAUGUUUUUAAGAGAGAGCAUUAGUGUUAACAGUCGGACACUAACAUAUGCUGGACUUGAGGAUAUGGGAGAUGAAAUUCAAUCUGGACAAGAUAGCAAACAGAAAGCCAAUCACGGAUUGGUAUUCAUGUGGCAAAGUCUGUGUGAAAAUAUGACGCAGCCAAUUGCUGUUUUUGCCUCAAAUGGUCCAGUGAAUGGAAUUGAUCUCGCAAAAUUAGUUGUAAAGGCAAUUUUACUUAUUGAACAGGCUGGAGGAGAAGUUUUAGGAGUAACAUGUGAUGGCGCUUCUACAAAUAGAACAAUGUGGAAAACAUUAGGGAUAUCAGUAAAAAAAGAAAAUUUUAAAAAUUACUUUGCAAACCCAUUUGAUAGUUCCAGAAAUGUAUACGUGUUUUCAGAUGCACCCCACCUUUUAAAAACUGUACGAAAUCGUUUAUAUACUAAUAAAGAGUUAGUGGUAUGUACAAUUUGAUUCAAUUAUUAAUUAUACAUUAAGUAACACUUUAUGAUUCAUUAUGACACUACAAAGAGAAUUGUUGUUAUUAUUUUAGAUUGAUCCAUCUAAAAAUGCCAUAAAAUGGGAAUAUUAUUCUAAUAUUUUCAAAAUUGAAAGUAAUAGCUUAACCAAAGUAUGUCCAAAGUUGACGAAACACCAUUUUGAAUUAAGUAGUCUUUCUAAAAUGAAGGUGAAAUAUGCG